UGUCACUAGUCAGUAUUAACUGACGUUUACGCGCCGGUGUAGAAAACAUGUUACACGAAUAUUUGGGCGUUUUAUGUCGUUAAUGUUGCAAAACGUUUCUCUAAUGUAGGUAUCUGGCUAAAACCGGCUAGUAGCCACCUAGCUGGUGUUGGACUGUUUGGCAGCAUGUCCACUGCCUAGUUGUCUCGAGUAAAGCCAGCCGGACCAACAGCUCGACUGGGCAUCUGUUCCAGCUCUGUCGGAUUGCAGUGAGGGAAAAUGUCGUUUUUAAUCUUGUUAUUUAACUCUAGGUAGCCCCUUUCUACUCUUGUAGCGCGCUGUAAUUUGUUGGCGAGCAGCAGCCAUAUAAACCAUGCUAUACCUUCUUUUGUGUGUGUGUAGAAAUGAAGGAGAAAUUCAUGAAAGUAGUUUUUCUUGCGCAAAACUCACAGCACACCUAGGAGGAAAGUGUUCUCUUUAUCCACAUAACAUUCACCCUUAUAGUUAUAUAGGCACAGGAAUGUAGUUAGCUCUUUCCAGGUUUUUGUGCAAGUCCGUGAUCUCUUGUUUACAGUUGGGGCAGGGUUAUUGUGGGUGGCUUCUCUUUAAUUCCUUUAAGCCUGUCAUGUUCUGUACCAUGAAAACUACCACAAAGGCUACAUUCUCAUGGGAUUGAGAGCAAAGGAAUGAAGACAUGCUGGUAAACAAGUCUCUCUGGACCAUCCACUAAAUGCUGAGGGCUUGAGCAACAGUGCAAUGCACAGGGAUGGCCGUUGUCUGAGGACAGUGAACCAUUAAAGUGAUUUUGAUCAAUGGAGAAUUCUGAAGAGGAUAGCUGGACGCCCAAGUCUGAGACAUGCGUGGAGUCGCUGCCGCACUGCUGCUCAGCCUGUGACAACAGGGAGAGCCUCAUUCCUGGGAAAACUUUCCGGAAGCCUAAAGCCAGGAGCAUGUCCACUUCAGCUGUGCCCAGUUGUGCAGAGUUCAGGCGGACCCAGUCACUGCAUGGACCAAGCCCAGUGACAACAUUUGGGCCAAAAGCUUGCAUGCUGAAGAACCCUAAAGCAGUGAUGCACAUUCAAGACCCAGCAAGCCAGAGGUUGACAUGGAAUAAGCCACCCAAAAGUGUCCUUGUAAUUAAAAAGAUCCAAGAUGUCAGUCUGCUGCAGCCUUUUAAAGAGCUUUGCAUCUUCCUCACAGAGCAGAAAAAUAUGAUUGUUUACGUGGAGAGGAAAGUUCUGGAGGACCCCGCUAUUGCCAAUGACGAGAGCUUUGUGGCCGUUAAAAAGAACUUUUGCACUUUUAGAGAAGAUUUUGAUGACCUCUCCAAUCGUGUAGAUUUCAUCAUUUGUUUGGGAGGAGAUGGAACUUUGCUAUAUGCUUCCUCGCUCUUCCAGGAAAGUGUUCCUCCAGUUAUGGCCUUCCAUUUAGGUUCUCUGGGCUUUCUGACGCCUUUCAAUUUUGACACAUACCAAUCUCAGGUCACACAGGUUAUUGAAGGUAACGCAGCCAUCAUCCUGCGGAGUCGGCUGAAAGUAAAGGUAGUGAAGGAGAGUCGUGAGAAAAGUAAGACGAAGGAUAAGAACUUGAUCAUCACUAACGGGGAUGAUGAGCCUAGUCGCAAAACUAUGCAAUAUCAAGUGCUGAAUGAGGUGGUUGUGGACAGAGGCCCAUCGUCCUACCUCUCUAAUGUUGACCUCUUUCUGGAUGGUCAUCUGAUCACCACAGUACAAGGCGAUGGUGUGAUAGUGUCCACUCCGACUGGCAGUACCGCAUAUGCAGUGGCAGCAGGGGCCUCCAUGAUCCACCCUAACGUCCCAGCCAUCUUGAUCACCCCCAUCUGCCCCCAUUCACUCUCCUUUAGACCCAUCGUAGUUCCUGCUGGUGUUGAGUUGAAGAUAAUGCUGUCACGCGAAGCCAGAAACAAUGCCUGGGUUUCUUUUGAUGGGAGGAAACGGCAGGAGAUUGGACAUGGGGACAGUAUCACCAUCACCACUUCCUGCUUCCCUGUUCCCUCCAUCUGUUUCCGAGACCCUGUAAACGACUGGUUCGAGAGCCUGGCGCAGUGCUUACAUUGGAACGUCCGCAAGAAGCAGAGCCACCUGAGCUCCGAGGAAGAGGAGGAGUUCUGAGGCUUCACCCAGCGGUUACCAGCCUGAAGCACUUUGUCUUGUAUUCUUUGCUUUCUCUGGCCUGUCUGGAAACUCCCCCACACCACUGUUGGACCACAAACUGUAGAGAAGCUGUUGCUAUGCUUCUUGGGGUGUUUUUGUUUGUUUGUUUGUUUGUUUGUUUUUGUUUGUUUGUUUGGUUUGUCUGUAACAGUCUUUUAAAAUAUUUUGUAGUUUUCCUAUGACGUAUUACUGUCAUAUGAAGCAGAAAUAUUGUACUCAAUAUGAGUUAGUUUUACAGUAAGACAGCUUGACGAGAUCGAACGAAACAUCAGGUAUUGUCCACGAACACAUGAGGAGCAUUUAAGCACCACAGCAAUAAGUGAAUAUCGAUAGAAUUGUGCCUUAAAUCACCUAGAAUGUUACAAAGAAAUUAUUUAAGGGGUUGGGAAGCAAGGUCUUAUACUGUACUUAAAAUUUGUGCAUCAUCGUUACAGAUAUUCUGUAAAUAUGAAGUCAGAGUGACUCAUCUGCGGAGGACACUGCGAAAGAAGCCAUCUGAAAAGCUUGAAUAUUUGUAGAAUUGUUUUUGUUGUUGCGUUCAUGAAGUGUUGGAAAACUACUGUGUUGUUUGGCUUCCAUCUUACAGCUAGUCAACCAACUUGAGGUAUUUCAUUUGAUUAACAUAUUUCAGCAAGUCCAUUCCAGAUCUACUGGGAUCAUUCCUACCUUUGCUUUUUUUUCUUCUUUUUUUAAACAUUAUGAGCAAUAUUUUAAUGAGUUUUUUUUAUAUAAACUUCCCAUUCCAUUAUGUUUGGUGUAGUAACAUUCUGUAAUCUUUUCUUUUUUGUCUGAUUAUAUAUAAUGGGUGUUAGGGAGUUGUUUGUGGAGGAGGUUGCAUCCUCAUUGAAGUGUCCUUCACCCGAAAAACCACAGAAACCUUCAGGUUUCCAGACAUUUAAACGGGCCACUCCUCAAAAUGGAGAGAGAUAAAUCAACAGGACUCGCGUGCUGUGCUUUGUGGGAUCACAUGAACCGGUUUACUAACAGUGUGCAUACAGCUGUACAUUCUGAAAUCAAGUCAGCUGUGUGACCUCAUGGAACAAAAAAAAAGAGAGAGAGGAGUCUGUUUACAUUCAUUCUCCACCCCACCCCCGUCCUGCUCACCGACAUGGCCAAAUAUCCCAUAGUAAAACAUGCGUUUGGACUUACAUUGUUCAUACAAUGUAAGACGCAAGUUGUCAUAUCGAUGAUUCUGCCCCUUAAAUAUCUUAAGAAUGGCUGUUGUCAUGUUUUUAUGUUACUAAAGAGCCAUCCUUUAAAAGCUUCUGCUUAUAUCACGUUUCUAAAAGAUUCUUCUCAAGUGUGGAGUUUUCUCAAAAUGUCUACAUUCAAAUGUUGAGGUGGUAACAAAAUCCAAAAAGUUGACGUGAAAUGGUGUUUCUUUACAGUAAUAGUGACAGCAAACAGGAGUCGGUCUAUCAAAACGACUACCGAACCUACAUUUUGAUCGUGUUAAAACAGCAGUAAGACAGAAAAAAAUCAGUUUUCUUGGGAGAGGAUUUUGCUUUACAUCACUGUGCACGUCCGUCUCCACUAUGAAUGGGUUAUAGAAAUCUGUUUUAGGUCAAAACCUAAAAUCCAGUCAGUUUUAAAACGAUGUCUCGGGCAUCAAGAAGAGGAUUCUUAACCAUUGCAUGGAAUGAUUUUCUGAGGCAGCUUUCAGAAGCAGCGCUUUGGACAUCUGGUUCCUAUCCCCACCACUGUAAAGAAUUUGGAUUCAGUUUUUCUUGAAUGAUGCAUUUCUUAUCAAACCGCUCUAAAUGACUUUAUCAUGUUAACCUUUAAUUUAUGCAGACAUUUAGAAAACUUGGUGGAAUCAUACAGUUGUUUAUAAAAUGAAGUUUAUAUAUUUUGCAUAAGAGCAAACAUAAGCUGUCUACAAGUAGCAUUUAUUAUUUUUUUCUUCAUGUUGUAGGAAAAGGAUUUGAUUCUUAUAUUGUCAGAAUGAUGUCAGCGCAUCAUUCAACAGUAUACAGUUUCUUUUGAGUGAUUGUAUUUGAAGUAGCCUUUCCUCACACUUGGUUUACACUAAACGUUGUUCUCAGUUGUGUAAUUCAUACAUGUAUAUAAUAUGUACAUGUCAGUCUUCACUGUUUGAAUCGAACACAUGUUUCUUAAAGCUCAACAGUCUUAAUUACUCCCAAUAAUGAGUUAAUCAUGAGUGGAGCUAUUAAUGAUAAACGCUCACAUUUAUAUAUUUAUAUUUCUGUAACUGAUUGAUGCCAGGCCUGUCGACUUUCUGUACAAUUCUACAUUAAAACUAGUCACUAGGAAAAGUGAAAAUAUGAAUUGACUGUCUUCAGAAGUGACAUUUUAAUACUUAACACAAACCUUUCAUCUAUUUUUUUUCUUUUUUUUUGUUCCUUUUCAUCGAUUUUGUAACUCACCUUUUGAGAAUAUAUUGUAAAAAAUGGGUUUUGCAUUUUUUACAUAGCACUUUAAUAAAUGAUCCAAAACGUGU